CAACGUAAUAAAACAUAAAAGCAUACAAACAAGAACUAAAACAAAGACAAACACAAACACAGAAACACAGUUUCAACCAAAAAAAAAAAAAAGACAUAAACACAGAUAUUAAUUAAACAUGGUGGUUGCUAAUGAUAAUGAUCUCUCGACGUCCAAGAUUCUCCCCAGAGUUCUCAUCGUCUCUCGUCGAACUCUACGCAAGAACAAGUUCGUGGACUUUGUGGGAGAGUACCAUCUCGACCUCAUCGUCUCAAACGGCGCAGUUCCUGUCAUUGUCCCACGUGUCAGCGGGAUACAUUCUAUGCUCAAGAGCUUCGAGCCCAUCCACGGCGUCCUCCUCUGCGAAGGAGAAGACGUAGACCCAUCUCUCUACGCAGACGCAGAACAACAAGGACUCUCUCAGGAGGACAUGGAGGAGAUCAGGAGCUUGCACGCGAGUGACACGGCCAUCGACAUAGAGAAAGACAGCAUCGAGCUGACUCUAGCCAAACUCUGCCUCGAAAGAAACAUUCCUUUCUUAGGCAUCUGUCGUGGCUCUCAGAUCCUCAACGUGGCCGCCGGAGGAACUCUUUACCAAGACAUUGACAAGGAGAUAGGAACCACCACGAAGCAUAUAGAUUACGACAACUACGAUGACCACAGGCACGAGGCUAGAGUCGUGGAGGAGACCCCGUUGCACAAAUGGUUCGACGAGAUGGAUCAGAUAAUGGUGAACUCGUAUCAUCACCAAGCUGUGAAGAGACUAGGGGAACGUUUUGUGCCGAUGGCGUACGCUCCUGAUGGUUUGAUAGAAGGUUUUUACGAUCCGAAGGGGUACAAUCCAGAGGAAGGUCGGUUCUUGGUGGGUCUCCAGUUUCAUCCCGAGAGGAUGAGGCUCUCGGGAGGCUCUGAUGAGUUUGAUUAUCCGGGAUGCGCUACUGCUUAUCAGGAGUUUGUGAAAGCUGUUACCGCGUUUCAGAAGAAGCAACUUGAGGCAGCAGAGAUUGUGAUGGAGCUGAAGACGAAGAAGAAGAGGCUAGUCAAAAGCUUCUCCAUGGCUGAGCUUCUAGAGGCAUCAAACACGGCUCUAAGCAAGAAACAAGAGAACAGGCUGAAGCAGAUGGGAGCGACGGUGAGGAACUCGUGUGUGUAUAUGAAACGGAAAGAGGUGCAAGAGAGAGCAAUGGACAAGUUGUCUGCAGAUCGUUUAUCUGACCUUCUCUCCUUCCACCGUAUGAUGGCUCGUCUUUGCUCUGAUGCCAUCAAGAGGAAGCUGCUGGAAGUUGAACCCACUGAGACAUAGUUAACUAUUAGCUUUUAUUGCAAAAACAUGUUUUACAUAUAAAAGAAAAUUAGUUUUCUGUAUACAUCAAUCACCAUUUGAGCAGGGUUCACAAUAAAGUUUAAUGAUCAAAACCCAAUACAUGAACAAGUUCCCUA